AUGUAUUGUUGUUACAACGGCUUGGCUCUUAUCAAGUUACGUGAUUAUCCUCAGUACACACGAGCCAUACUUUUGCUAUGGAACCGCUCCACGAGAGAAUCAAUAGUACUUCCUUGUACAGAAUUUUCACUGUCAAAAGAUUAUUCUUGCGGACUGGGAUAUGACUCGACUAGUGACGACUAUAAGAUCCUUAAGAUUGACGACACAGCGCAUUGUGAAAUUCUCGCACUGAAAAGUGGUUCCUGGAGGAAAAUUGAUAAACGUCCUGCUGGUGUUUUCCCUGUGUUGUCUGAAAAAGCGUUGAUUUCAUUUAGUAUUUCAAAUGAGAUGUACGGAGAGAUACCAUUGCCUGAAGGAAUGUCCUCGGUUUUCAACAAGAAUUGCAUAAAUGGUGUUUCGGCAUUGGGAGGAAUGCUUUGUGUAUAUUCUACUCAUAUUCGUCGAGGGAUCCACACAUUCAAGUUAUGGAUACUGAAAGACUACGAUGUCAUGGAAUCUUGGAAUCGAUUGUUUACUAUACAAG